AUGUGCUCUGUGGUCACAGGUCUUGAUUGCGGCUUACUUCUCUUCUCGGUGCUGAGCUGCAUAACUUAUGGAGUUUCAGGUUCUUCUACCUCUCCUCCUCCAUCAGCCUCGACUGCCUCCCUCCACCUCUCCUCUCUUUCUACUGUUUCCUUCUUCGCGGUGCUGUCAGUUUCCUCCAUAUUUGGGCUGCUACUGCUGGUUGUACUGGUUGUACUGGUGAGAAGAUGUGUCUGGAGGAAACCUGAAGAAAGAGAUCCUGCAGCAGCCACCGCUACCUACUCACCAGUGAGAAGAACCGUAUCGAACCAGCAGUAUGAGUCAAACAGGACGAGUGAGAAAGAUCCCCCAGCAGCUGCAACUGCAAUCUACUCGUCGGUGAGAAGAACAGCCUCAAACAGGACGAGAGAAAAAGAUCUCUCAGCGGCUGCCACCUACUCAUCGGUGAAACGAGCAGCAGCAGACGAGCAAAACGGAGCAAACGGGACCAAAGUGUGCGAUCCAGCCGCAGGUUACUCUUCGAUGCACGUAACAAGCGAAGUCAGUUACGGAGAAAUCGCCAUCAGGAAAAACAGCAGGCACAGAGAUCCUUCACCAGAGCCAGGGGUCAUCUACUCCGCACUGAAGUCAACAAUGACGCCUUCCAAACAGCCGAUCCAGUCUGACCAGCGAUGACGGCUGGCUGCUAAAUACAGUCCUGCACACCUCUGUGCAGCACAUGUUAUUUAUUUAAUUACAUGCUGUGUGUGUUUGCAGUUUUAUAGUUGCACUGAAAUAAAUGACUUGAAU